AUGCACAUAGCGAGUGUUUUAGUGCGCAAUACCGCACUUCUUAAUCCCUCGAUUAGGCCUUCAUCGCAAACAGUUCGUAAUGUAACCAAAAUUGCAUCAUAUUGCAAGCCGGCAGGAAAUCGUUUUCUUAAUGGACACAAUUUGUACGGAACUCGCAACGCGAGGAUAUGCUCGUAUAACCAAGGAUAUGCGUCCGUGAAAAAGGUACAGAAUGUUAGACAUUAUUCAAAGAAGGCUAACCAGGAAGAAGAAGAAACAGCUGAUAUUAAGGACGACCCUCCAUUGUUCUCAAGUCAGCUACCAGCUACUGUAGCUGUGCCCGAAGUGUGGCCGCAAGUGCCCGUUAUUGCGAUUAAUAGGAACCCAGUUUUCCCGAGAUUUAUUAAGUUAAUUGAGAUAUCAAAUCCAGCUUUAAUAGAUUUAAUAAGGCGUAAAGUGAAGUUGAAUCAGCCGUAUGUUGGUAUAUUUUUGCGUAAGAAAGAAGAUGAGAAAUCUGAUGUUGUUUCGAGUUUGGACGAUCUUCAUGAUGUUGGAGUUUUCGCUCAAAUCCACGAAAUGCAGGAUAUGGAUUAUAAACUACGUCUAGUAGUAAUGGCCCAUAGAAGAAUAAAAAUCACCGGCCAGUUUAUAGAAGACGAGAUAGAAACUGGCCCGGCUGAAAUGAAGCUAAAGUUUCCCGUAUUUAACGUGGAAUUUAACGUUACCCGCGAAGAAUCGGACGCUGAGCGGCGUAGGAGGAAAUAUCGUAACACGAGACGACAACGUAACGACACCGAUGCGGAACAAGAGAAGGAAGUCCAGGAUACAAAGGAUGCUAAGAAACCUCCGCCCGAUCAGCUGAUGAUGGUGAAAGUUGAGAACAUGAUGCAUGAGAAGUUCCAACAAAACGAGGAAGUGAAGGCCUUGACACAGGAGAUCAUUAAGACCAUCAGGGAUAUCAUCAAUAUGAACCCUCUGUAUAGAGAAUCUCUGCAUCACAUGUUAGCUCAAGGUCAACGUGUUGUGGACGAUCCCGUAUACCUCGCAGACUUAGGCGCCGCCUUAACCGCCGCUGAGCCUAAAGACCUUCAGCCGGUUCUCGAGGAAAUGGAUAUUCCAAAAAGACUGUUACUUUCAUUAUCACUCUUGAAGAAGGAAUAUGAAUUGUCCAAAUUGCAGCAGAAAAUUGGUAAAGAAGUUGAAGAAAAGGUUAAACAGCAGCACAGGAAAUAUAUACUACAUGAACAACUCAAGGUUAUUAAAAAGGAAUUAGGUCUUGAGAAGGACGAUAAAGACGCCAUUGGUGAGAAAUUCCGUGAGAGGCUUGCAGAUAAAGUGGUACCACCUGCUGUUCAAACAGUGAUUGAUGAAGAGCUCAAUAAACUGAAUUUCCUUGAAAGUCAUAGUUCAGAGUUCAAUGUGACUCGAUGUUAUUUGGACUGGCUCACUUCAUUACCGUGGGGUGUGUCAUCAGAAGAGAAUUUAAAGCUAGAAGACGCACAAGUUAUAUUACAUGAAGAUCAUUAUGGCAUGGAGGAUAUUAAGACGCGUAUCUUGGAGUUUAUAGCGGUGUCUCAAUUGAAAGGCAGCACACAGGGAAAGAUUCUGUGUUUCCAUGGACCGCCCGGAGUAGGGAAAACUAGUAUAGCCCGUUCGAUAGCCAGAGCGUUAAACCGUAAGUACUUCAGGUUCUCAGUGGGCGGUAUGACAGAUGUUGCGGAGAUUAAGGGACACAGACGGACAUACGUCGGAGCUAUGCCCGGGAAAUUGGUGCAGUGUUUGAAGAAAACUAACACAGAAAACCCAUUAGUACUCAUAGAUGAAGUUGAUAAGAUUAGCAAAGGUGUUCACGGUGAUCCAUCAUCAGCCCUCCUGGAAUUGUUGGAUCCUGAACAGAACUCCAAUUUCCUGGAUCACUAUUUAGAUGUCCCCGUAGAUUUGUCUCGAGUACUCUUCAUAUGUACAGCGAACGUACUCGACCUUAUACCGGAACCGCUGAGGGACAGAAUGGAACUUAUAGAAAUGUCAGGAUAUGUGGCAGAAGAAAAACUAGCUAUAGCCCAGCAGUACUUGAUACCAACGGCUCGCAAGAACUGUGGUCUGACCGAGGAACAAAUAAAUAUAACACCAGAAGCAUUACACACACUCAUAAAGUCAUACUGCAGAGAAAGCGGUGUCAGGAAUCUACAGAAACAUAUUGAGAAGAUUGCACGUAAAGUAGCCUACAAGCUUGUAAAGAAAGAGACAUCUUCAUUAUCUGUGACAGAUGAAAACUUAUCAGAAUUAGUUGGCAAGCCGACCUUCAAACACGACCGCAUGUAUGAUGUCACACCUCCCGGAGUUGUCAUGGGGCUAGCUUGGACAGCUAUGGGUGGUAGUACAUUAUACAUAGAGACGGCUGUACGCAACACUAUGCAGGGUGAGAAGCAAUCCGGCUCGCUCGAGCUGACGGGUCACUUGGGGGAUGUGAUGAAGGAGUCGGCCCGGAUCGCGCUCACUGUAGCCAGAAACUAUCUGAAGGACAGACAGCCGACCAACGACUUCCUUAACACCAGUCAUCUUCACCUCCACGUACCCGAGGGAGCUACUCCCAAAGACGGUCCGUCAGCGGGAGUGACCAUCGCCACCGCCUUACUGUCCCUGGCGCUACAACGACCAGCCAACACACUCGCUAUGACCGGGGAGCUCACACUCACUGGACGAGUGCUGCCCGUUGGAGGAAUUAAAGAGAAGAUUAUAGCGGCUAAACGUGUGGGUGUGACUUGCGUGAUUCUUCCCGAGGAUAAUCGUCGUGACUUCGACGACUUGCCUUCCUUCAUCAGGGAAGGCAUCGACGUUCACUUCGUCAGCGUGUAUGAUGACGUGUUCAAGAUAGUCUUCGAUGGAAAGGUUUAA